UGAAUGUGUGUGGAAAAAUUCAUGAAAGUAGUAAAUGAAUGGCACCAGUCGAGUAUUUGAUAUGGCCUGCAACAAUGUUGGGUGCUUCAGUAUGUUUGUAUGUAUAAUUACUGCAAGGUAGAGAGCAGAUAGAUAAAUCAACAAGCUCUUUGCUCCAUGUGCCUCUCUUCACUCUCUCACACUUUUAUGGCUAAGUUUGGACUGUCCACAUUCUUGGUGCUUUUCAUGGUGCUGAGUGAUGCUGCGGUGAGAGGUCAAAAUGGGAAUGGGAGAGAAAUGGUGCCUGCCAUGUUCAUAUUUGGUGACUCUCUCAUUGACAAUGGCAACAACAAUAACCUUCCUUCCUUAGCUAAGGCCAACUAUUACCCUUAUGGCAUCGACUUCAAUGGAGGCCCUACUGGUCGCUUCUCAAAUGGCUACACCAUGGUUGAUGAAAUAGCUGAACUGCUUGGACUUCCCUUGAUUCCUGCAUACUCAGAAGCCUCAGGGAAUCAAGUGCUUCAUGGAGUAAACUAUGCUUCAGCUGCUGCCGGAAUUCUUGAUGCCACUGGCCGAAACUUUGUUGGGCGAAUACCAUUUGAUCAGCAACUAAGGAACUUUGAGAACACAUUAAAUCAAAUAACUGGGAAUCUUGGAGCAGACUAUAUGGCCACAGCGCUUGCACAAUGCCUAUUCUUCGUUGGAAUGGGCAGCAAUGACUACCUUAACAACUACCUUAUGCCUAAUUACCCCACCAGAAAUCAGUACAAUGGACAGCAAUAUGCUGAUCUCUUGGUUCAAACAUAUAGCCAGCAACUCACAAGGCUUUACAAUCUUGGAGCAAGGAAAUUUGUGAUUACUGGACUGGGGCAAAUGGGUUGUAUUCCAAGCAUUCUGGCUCAAAGCAUGAGUGGAACUUGCUCUGAAGAAGUGAAUUUGCUAGUGCAACCCUUCAAUGAAAAUUUGAAGACCGUGUUGGGCAAUUUCAAUGCUAAUCUACCUGGUGCCAGAUUCAUAUUCGUUGACUCUUCCCGCAUGUUCCAGGACAUCCUUCUCAAUGCUAGAUCUUACGGGUUUAGUGUUGUAAAUAGAGGGUGCUGUGGCAUUGGAAGAAAUAGAGGCCAAAUAACAUGUCUUCCAUUCCAAACUCCAUGCCCUAACAGAAAUCAGUAUGUGUUCUGGGAUGCAUUCCACCCAACAGAAGCAGCCAACAUUCUGAUGGGAAGAAUGGCUUUCAGUGGGAAUUCCAAUUUUGUCUAUCCUAUAAACAUAAGGCAGCUUGCUGAGCUAUGAAUUGAGCCUCUAUAGUUUGAAUCUUGCUGUGUCACUGUCACUCAUUACUAUAUGUGGAACAACAAAUUUAAUGAUCAAGUUUAUAUUUAGUAAUUACUAUAUGUGGAACGACAAAUUUGGUAUAGGGAAUGUACUGCUAUCUACAUUUACUAUCACAACUGUCAUAUGAAUUCGUGCUUAUCUUCUCUUUUUGUCUAUUUUUAUUAUAAUUUGGUAA